CAGCCUCUGACAGGCGGAGCGGCGCGCUGUCUUUACGCACAGCCUCCAGUCCUGCGGGGUAUGAAGACAUUGUUUAGUAGCUGAGUAGACAGAGAGCUGAAGAAGACCCGGGAGCGGCACCGUCCCUGAUAACUGGAUACAGGAGUCCAAAGUAAGAGACUUGUAUUUUAAUAAAACAAAGAACUGAAGAAGAGACGCGCUUCUUGGAGAUGCGAUCUGCGUAAAGGCGCGACGUGCGGACUUUUCAUUUUUGGCUCAAAUAUUUUGGCCGACAGGGAAACAUUUUUCCUUCCUCGCUGUGAAAUUCACAUCAUUUCUGAUCCAGUUGACACGCAAGGCAAGAAGAAGAACAAGAAGAAGACGAGAUUUGCCUGUGGUUUUCUACAAAAAAAAAAAAAACUAUGUGACCGCGCAGAUUUUCCACGGACGUUUUGGUUCUGCGUCGACCUUGACUUCAGAGAGAAGACACGCGAAGCGUGUGAGGAGAAAUUUUCUCGUGGUGCUAUUUACUCAUUAACCUCACGAGCUGUUUGGAGGCAAGACCGAACAGGUUACUGGAGGCUGCCGGGGUUUGGACAGGAGCCGCGACAGGACACUGGCCAGCGAGAAGGCAUUUUGGCCGCGCACGAAGGAGGAGGCGCCUUUUCGCGUUGGAGCCGAGCCGCUUUUAGAUGGAUCCUUCAAGUUCGCCUCAGCGCCAGAGGAGACAGCCAGCAGCUCUGAACGCUCGCGAGCCGUGACAGCGCGCUGUAAAACAUGACGCGCCGCGGCGUGUGGAUAGUCCCAGACAUGAGCUGCACCCAGCGUGGAACAAGCGCCUCUCCCUCCCUCCGAGGCGCGCUCCCGGAGCAGGACGCGCACGGGCCGGCGGGUGGGACCAGAUGGAGGGUUCGGAGGAAGGAUAGACAGGAGAUUACUUCAGUAAUGUCAGCAAAGGCCAAGGUGCUGCUGUGGGUGCUCGUGUCUCUGCUGCCUCUCGUGGAAGGAGCUCACAUGAAGGCCGGCGCCGCCGGUGCGGGAUCAGACUCGGGCCGCGCCGUGGGGCUGCUGGGAGGCCAGGAGGAGCGAGAGCUUCCUGUGACGCUGCCAGAGGUGGCGGAGGACAAAGAGCAGGACGACGAUGGCGACCCCGACUCCACUUGGCACACUCUCUACGACCCUUUUGUAGUGGAUGAGAUGGAUGAUCAUCCCAGGAACCGCUGGGCGGGGCGCUCGCCGCGCUCCUCUGACCCCACAGAACCUCAGCCCAAAGGAGCGCCUAAGAAAAAGAAGAAGAGGAAGAAGAAAGAAAAGGAGGAAGAGGAAGAGACGGGAAGAGGAGACAGGAAGGGUAGAGGUAAAGGCAGACACCCCAAACAGAGCAGCAGGGACUGCAGGGUGGAGAAGCGAGAGAUGAAGGUCCGGGACCUGGGACUGGGGUUCGAUUCCGACGAGAUCGUCCUGUUUAAGUUCUGCGUGGGCUCCUGCCAGUCCUCCAGGACGAACUACGACCUGGCGCUGAAGGCCCUGCUGGAGAACGGCUCGCUGCCUCGCCGCACCGCGCGCAAGGUCAGCAACCACCCCUGCUGCCGGCCCGACCGGUACGAGCCGGUCUCCUUCAUGGACGCCCAAACCACGUGGAGGACCAUCCAGUCCCUGUCUGCUGCCAGCUGCAUGUGCAUGGGCUGAGGGGAUGCUCAGCCCAGAGUUUUCACCCAUCCUGAACAGAGGCGGCGCAGCACGGACCAGGAGGGGGCGCUGUUACACAGAGAGAGCAUCCAUGGAUUGAGGCCACUUGUUUUCCUCCUGAGGUGGUUUCCUGUUGAGGAGGAAGAGGGCCGGGUGCAGCUGGACAAUUCAGGGCCAAGGUCACAAUCAGAGACUGAGGGGGAGGCCGUCAGGGAGCCUCCGUCUGGAUUUAUUGUUGCCUCAUCAAAGAGUGAAUUGUUUUUUUGCCCAAGCAGCUGGUAACUAAUGCGUGAUACUCCAGGCUGGGCAAGCCUCUAUUAUGUGGACGUGUUUUGAUUUAAUAUGGGCGAGACCUGAAAGCUGAAGCUCCAGAGAUACAAAGAAAACAGAGUCAGAGGACUGCAAUCGUAUUCGGGUUAAGACCAAACAUAUGGACACAAUGUUCGCUGCCUACAGUGAAGCCCAGUCCUUCCAGAAGCUCCAUGAUGUUUUCUCUCCACACAAACAUUGCAUUGUAGCUUUUCUAUGUUCAGGUGAACUCAGCCAAAUGGAUGCCAUGCAUCUUCAUGUAUUACUGUACAAAAGUAAGAUAUAUUUAUUUCAGAUAAAUUAUUUAUUUAUUAUGGCUUCAUAUGAGAGCUGUUUUUAUGAACUCUAUAAUGAAGAUCUAUAUCUAUUUAUUGCCAGGAUUCACAUUUCCUGUGGACAGCAGCUUCUGUUGGCUUACAGUAUCCAUACAUUUUGUUCUUGACGGAUAUAUUUCAACCUUUGCCCAGUGCAGAAACUCAAAGUUGAACUGAGCACCUGGUUCAGAGUAAAAAUAGACUGGAUUUCUGAGAUUGGUGGCUUAAUUCUAUGAAACAAAACAGUAUUUAAGAGAUCAAACUCUGGCUUACAUUUUAUCACUGAGAAGCAGAUAUGAUAAACAAAAUGACCUGCAUUUAAACGAUGUGGAAAAGUUCAUACAGUCUUUUUUUUUUUUUUUUUCAAAUGCACCUCACGCUUGAGUUUUACAGCAAAUCUGUAUCAUUGCUGUCAAGUGUUUGGUUUCGGAGAUGGGAAGCCAGUCGACAACGUACUGUUUGAUCAAAGGACACCUUUACACAACAAGACCUCAACAAUUAUUCACUUUAAAGUGGUUCUGCAAUUCAAUACGUUACACUCUGUCAUUAUGUCACUCAGUCAUUAUAAUGAUGAUGUUAUUAUUGUUAUUAUUAUUAUAAAAUUUCCUUUAUUUUUGUAUGGCAUU